AUGAAUUCCACCAAUCCUGAUAAUAAUAAUUUCAACAAUAAGAGUAGUACGGAUAUUUCUUCCAGUACCAACGUCCAGCUAGCUACUGUCUAUACCAAGGCGAAGUCUUACAUUCCUCAGAUUGAACAAGUUUAUCAAGGUACCAAUCCAAAUAUUCAAGAGGCAAAAUUAUUAGGGGAACUAUUACAAGUUUUAGCGGAAGUUCCUAAGGGCACACAUCUAUUUUGUGAUCCCAUUCUUGAGCCAAUAUCAAUUUUCUCCUUAACCAUUUUCUCAUUUAAUGAAGAAGCUACGGCAACAUGGUUGAAAAAUCAUUUUAAUCCAAUUCUCUCAGUUUGUGAGAAAUGUAUACUAAAUUUUGCAAGGGGUAAGUGCAAAAUGCUACAACAUUUUGCCAUCCAAAGACAUGUUCCGCACGAACAUGUAGCUAAGUUCAAUGAUAUCGUUUGCCAAUGGAGAGUGGAGGCGAUCUUCCCUAUUCUCAGAAAUAUCUCUGUUAACGAUAAUACAAACAUUAACAUUACAAAUGAAAUUGAAAUUGCGAUGUACGAAUGUCUUUGUAAUCCACAUAUGCUAAGACUUAACAAGCAACUCAAAGCUACCUUUGAAGCAAUUUUCAAAUUUUUUUACGAUACGAAGCAUCGUUUGCUGGAUGUUACAAAUCCUUCAAGCAUAAAAACGUUUAUAUCCGGUAUCAUAUUUUGCUGGUGUGAAGGAUCAAAGGAAGAAAAUGAGUGGUCACGAGCUUUUCUGAUGGAUUUGUAUUCGAAGAACUUCCACAUAAACCUCUCUAGCUUGACACCGGACAUUAUCGAGGAAGUAUAUAUCCAUAUCCUCUUCUUGCAAAACCCAGCAAACUGGACAGAGGUCGUCGUAUGCCAGUUUUGGUCAAGAUUAUUACCCGUUUUCAAUUUGUUUGACAAGGAUGUCUUUAUAGAGUACUUUCAAGUCCCUAAGAAUUUGGAAUCUUUGAAAAAAACGUUUAAGUUCCCAUUAGAGCCAAUUUUCAAAAUGUGGUAUAAUCACUUGAGCAAAUCAUAUCAUGAUAAACCCCUGGACUUUCUUUUGAGGGGUCUAACAAUGUUCUUGAAUAAAUUUGGGCCCGAGUUCUGGCCCAAAAUUGAGCCAUUCACAUUCCACAGCAUUUUGGACAUAAUUUUUAAUAAAGAUUCAUUUCCAAUCAAAUUAAUCAAAAUACAAGAUAACGCAAUUGUCGAGCAGCAGACCGAAGUUUACUUCCAACUUACUGGUUCCGUUACUGAUUUGCUCUCUUGGACCUUACCAUUUUAUCAUGCACUAUCGCCGUCUAAAAGGAUUCAAAUGGUUAGAAAGGUCUCGAUGGCAUUCUUACGGAUAAUAGCAAAUUAUCCAUCCUUAAAAUCCAUUCCCAAAGCCUGCCUAAUGAAUUCAGCAACUGCAUUACUGAGAGCAGUAUUAACUAUAAAAGAAAAUGAAAGGGCAAUGCUUUAUAAGAAUGAUGAAUUCGAAACAGUAUUAUUGACUAAAACUGAUUCUAGAGCAUUGCUUAACAAUCCUUUGAUUCAAGACAUAAUAAUAAGAUCCGCUUCCAAGCCUAAUGAAUUUUACCCUGGGUUAGGCCCUGCUUCUACAUCGGUAGCCACCUCCACAAUGAUGGUAUUGGCGGAAUGUAUUGAUUUUGAUAUAUUACUUUUAUGUCAUCGAACGUUCAAGCUCUAUUCAGGUAAACCAAUUAGCGAAAUUCCCAUUUCCACUAACGUCUUGGAGAAUGUUACAAAUAAAAUUGAUUUGAGGUCUUUUCAUGACGGUCCAUUAUUGGCAAAACAACUACUAGUAUCUUUGAAGAAUAUUAAUGGUUUAUUAAUAGUACCGACAAACACUGCUAUAGCUAAAGCACACAACGCGUUGAACCAGAAGUUUCUGCUGCUGUCAACAAAACUAAUAGAAAAAUUUGCCGAUAUUUUACCUGGUCAGCUAUCUAAGAUCCUUGCAGAUGAAGAUGCCUCGCAGGGAUUCUGGUCCUGUAUAUUCUCCUCUGAUAAACACCUGUAUCAAGCAGCUACAAAUAUCUUAUACAACACUUUUGACGUUGAAGGUAGAUUAGAAGGUAUCUUGGCAAUUUUGAAUAAUAAUUUGACUGUUAAUUUGAAGAAUAUAAACGUCAUGUUACAAAGGUUAAUCAAUUGUGAAUUUUACGAGCCUUGUCCACGUGCUGUUCGCGUUUUGAUGGACGUUGUGAGUGCCUUUGUGGAUCCGAUUUCCGGCGUGUUUGCCAAUUUCCAAACUUUGAAGACCCAGAAUACCGAAGGAGAAUUCUUAAAAUUUUGGGAAUCAUGUUGGUUAUUCUUGGAUACAAUCUACAAGUUCACUUUGGGAUGGGCUUCCAAAUAUGACUAUUCUGAACUAGAAAACUUCACCAAGGAUACUUUGGAUUUAAGUCGCUCUUUGGUAGACUCCUUUAGAGAAUUUUCAGAUAUUUUACAUGACCAAGACAAAAAUUUACUUCUUAAUGUUUUAGACACCUUCAAGAAUAUGUUGUACUGGCUGAGACUAAGUGACGAAGUACUUUUGGAAUCCUGUGUUAGAUUGAUUAUAAGUACAUCUGAUUUAGCACAUGAAAAACAUGUGAAAGUGGAAGAUUCACUGGUAGAGAUGAUGGCUAAGUAUGCUUCAAAAUCAAAAAAAUUUUCGAAUAAGUUGACAGACCAACAAGCGAGUGAGAUUUUACAAAAGGCUAAAAUAUUCAAUAAAUCACUUACGGAACAGGUUGCUGUGGAUGCCGAAAAUUAUAGAAAAGAAAAAGAAUUAUCAAGGCUUGGUAAAGUAAUUGACUUGACGGAUUCUGCGUCAGAGUCGCCUUCUUUAUCACCUUCUUCAAGUUCAGCUGUGACUGGUUCAUCUAUGGAAUCGAGGGCUGAUUAUUUGCAAAGAAAAGCCUUAUCUUCUUCAAUCACUGGAAGGCCUAGAGUAGCUCAACCUAAAAUAACAUCUUUUGGCACGUUUCAAUCUUCUGCUAGUGCUAAGUUGCAACGUACAAAACCUAUUAAGCCUUUAUCUAAAAUGGAGUUAGCAAGGAUGCAGUUGUUAAAUAAUAGGGUUGUUCAUCCACCUAGUGCUCCAGCUUUCCAUACCAAGAGUAGGGGUAUUAACAAAAAUGAAGAUAGCACUAGCGAGGAAAGCGAUAACGAUAUAGAAAGUGCUCGAGAGCUUUUCGCUAUUGCUAAAGCAAAGGGUAAAGGAAUACAAACUGUCGAUAUCAAUGGAAAAGUCGUAAAGAGACAAACUGCUGCAGAAUUGGCUAAGCAGGAAUUAGAGCAUAUGAGGAAGAGGCUAAAUGUUGACAUGAAUCCUCUAUAUGAGACUGUAUUACAAUGGGACUAUACCAAAAAUAGUGAGUAUCCUGAUGACGAGCCUAUUGGUAACUAUUCCGACGUUAAGGAUGUUUUCAACUCACCUGGUGAUUAUCAAAAUGUCAUGAGACCUCUAUUACUUCUAGAAUCUUGGCAGGGCUUAUGCUCUUCACGUGAUAGAGAAGAUUAUAAACCUUUCAGUAUUAUUGUAGGAAAUAGAACGGCUGUAUCUGAUUUCUAUGAUGUGUAUGCCUCUGUAGGCAGACAAGUCUUACAGGACUGUGGUAUUUCUGAAUCCGACUUAAUUGUAAUGGCAUAUUUGCCUGAUUUUAGACCAGGCAAAAGGUUGUCGAGUGAAAAUUUCAAGAAAGCACCACAUACAUGUCUGGCGAAAGUGAGAACUUUAAAAAACACUAAAGGCGGCAAUGUUGAUGUUACAUUACGAAUUCAUAGAAAUCAUUCUUUCAGUAAAUUUUUGACGCUGAGAUCAGAGAUACACUGCGUAAAGGUCAUGCAAAUGACAACUAUUGAAAGGGAGUAUUCAACACUAGAAGGACUCGAGUAUUAUGACUUAGUUGGCCAAAUUUUGCAGGCUAAACCAUCGCCCCCCGUAAAUGUGGAUGGGAAGGAAAUCGAAACUGUUAAGAAAAGCUACAAGCUCAAUACGUCACAAGCCGAGGCUAUAGUUAACUCGGUAUUUAAGGAAGGCUUUUCUUUGAUUCAGGGUCCACCAGGCACGGGUAAAACAAAGACUAUUCUGGGUAUUAUUGGUUAUUUCCUAUCUACUAGAAAUAUUCCUCCUUCAAACGCCAUCAAGGUACCACUAGAAAAACACACAUCGAGUACCGAACAACUUUUAAAAAAGCAAAAAAUUCUAAUUUGUGCACCUAGUAAUGCAGCUGUAGAUGAAAUUUGCCUCAGAUUGAAAAGUGGUGUUUACGAUAAGGAAGGACAUUUGUUUAAACCCCAACUAGUCCGUGUAGGUAGGUCUGAUGUUGUUAAUGUUGCAAUUAAAGAUUUAACUUUAGAAGAACUUGUGGAUAAAAGGAUAGGUGAAAGGAAUUACGAGAUAAGAACUGAUCCGGAAUUAGAACGAAGAUUCAAUAACGCUGUUUCUAAAAGAAGAGAAUUAAGAAGCAAACUAGAUUCUGAGAGCGGUAAUCCUGAAAGUCCAAUGUCGACCGAAGAUAUUAGCAAGUUGCAACUCAAAAUUAGAGAGCUGAGUAAAAUAAUCAAUGAACUAGGUCGCGACAGGGACGAGAUGCGUGAGAAAAAUUCGGUGAAUUAUAGGAAUAGAGACCUGGAUAGAAGAAAUGCACAAGCUCAUAUCUUGGCUGUUAGUGAUGUCAUUUGCUCUACAUUAUCUGGUUCAGCCCAUGAUGUACUUGCAACUAUGGGGAUUAAAUUUGAUACGGUCAUUAUAGAUGAAGCAUGUCAAUGUACAGAACUUUCUUCAAUCAUUCCUCUCAGGUAUGGAGGAAAACGUUGUAUUAUGGUUGGUGAUCCUAAUCAAUUGCCGCCAACUGUUCUUUCAGGUGCAGCAAGCAAUUUCAAAUACAACCAGUCACUGUUCGUUAGAAUGGAGAAAAAUAGCACACCGUACUUGUUGGAUGUCCAAUACCGUAUGCAUCCUUCCAUUAGUAAAUUCCCUUCUUCAGAAUUUUAUCAUGGACGGUUGAAAGAUGGUCCUGGAAUGGAUAUUUUGAAUAAAAGACCUUGGCAUGAGAUUGAACCAUUAGCUCCUUACAAAUUUUUUGAUAUUAUUACCGGCAGACAAGAACAAAAUGUCAAGACUAUGUCUUACACAAAUAUGGAAGAAGUACGUGUUGCUAUUGAGUUGGUUGAUUUUCUAUUCAGAAAAUUCGAUAAUAAGAUUGAUUUUACGGGCAAAAUUGGUAUAAUUUCUCCUUAUAGAGAACAAAUGCAAAGAAUGCGAAAAGAAUUUGCGCGUUAUUUUGGUGGCACGAUAAACAAAUCAAUCGACUUCAAUACGAUUGAUGGUUUCCAAGGCCAAGAAAAAGAUAUUAUCUUGAUAUCUUGUGUUCGUGCCGAUGAUACGAAAUCUACGGUUGGUUUCCUGAAAGACUUUCGUCGUAUGAAUGUGGCUUUAACUAGAGCCAAGACAAGUAUUUGGGUUCUGGGACAUCAAAGAUCUUUGACAAAGAGUAAGUUAUGGAGAGACCUAAUCGAAGAUGCAAAAGACAGGAAUUGUCUUGAAUAUGCUUGCUCUGGCUUUUUAGAUCCCAGGAAUAAUAGAGCUCGGAACAUACUAAAAAAGUAUAAUGUGUCUAUUCCACCGGAGCAAGAUGAUGAUUACAAGUUACCUAUGGAGUAUGUAACGCAAAGUUCCAUCGAUGUGAAACUUAAUAAGGGCCCAAAGAAGAGAAAGAUUGUUGAUGACGAUGGCGAGGCAGAUAAAACUGUGAAGAAAAAGAAGAAAGAAAAAGAAAAGAACAAAGAGAAGAAGAAGCUCAAGUCUGAUAAUAAGAAGAAAAAGCAUACAGAGGGAGAGUCCUCCAGCACUUCAUCUGGUACAAAAAAAAAAUCUUCCAUUUUUGGUGGAAUGAGUGUACCCAAUGCUGUUGUUCCUAAAAGUUUCGCUGAUAUAAACAGCGAAAAGAAGGAUAUAGUGGCUGCUGAUAAAAAGAAAAAGAAUAAACACGUCUGUUUUUCGGAUGAUGUUAGUAUCAUACCAAGGAGUGAAGAGCCUGAAAUUAAAGUAACCAGAAGUUUGUCCUCUGUAUUAAAGGAAAAACAAUUGGGCUUGAAGGAGGCAAAAGAACCUUCUCCGCCUGCAAUCAGUGCGAAUGGUGAUGACGAAGACGAAGAUGAUUAUACGCCUUCGAUUUCUAGUUCUUCUUUGGGAAAAACUGAAGCAAGUGGUCGCAACAACAGAAUAGUUUCCAAUCAGCAAAAUUUCAAUGCAAGUAUAUACGAUGAUCCGCAAUUUCCGCAAACUGAGCAGGCGCAAGUACCUGCUAUUAUUACAAAGCAUAGAAAUUCAAAUAAAGGCGUAUCCAGCAGUUCAUUAGGGAUUAUGAGUGCCUCUGAUAAUGGUGAACCCGACCAAAACGGACAGAACGGAGUAAAUGGAUUCUACUCUCAGCAUGUGAGCAAUGAAAAUCGAUAUCCAACGGCACCUACGGGUCCGGGUGGAUCAGCCGGUUCCUUGCCUAGACAUCCGCAAGUUAGUUUUCCCUCUGAAUUGGAGGAUCCAUAUGAUCCAAACUCCGAUCCGCAACCACAAUCAGCACUUAAGAUACCUGGUGGUGGGCCUGCAGGUGCACGCAAUAGUUCGAGACGAAAUGCAUCAUCUAGUCCUUUUAUCCCAAAGAAAAGAAAACCUAGACCAUGA